CGACGGCGUAGCACAUUUCUUUGAAUUUUAUUUUUAAAAGUAAUUUAUUUCUUUAAUUUUUAAAAUGAGUCCACCUCAAACAAGAAAAAGGAGCAGACCGGACAAUGCUGAUUUGUUGGAGAAGAAUCCCGUGACUGUGGCGGAAAAACUGAUUCUGCAAGAACAGAAUUUUCAAAAACUGGCUGCGGAAUUCCAUGAUAUGAAAACUGAACAGCAGUUAUACAAAGUUCAAAUCUUAAUUUGCCAGCAAGAAAUUUCUGAAUGGAAGAAAACAAGCGAGGAACUACGGGCAGAAAUUUCUAAAUUGAAAAUUGAUCAUCAAUUGCACGCAGAUCAGUGGAUCCAAGCCCAAAGAGAGUUUUCUGAGUGGCAAAAAGAAAGUGUGGAUCGUGCAGUGGUCCAAUCAAAACUGGUCGGUACGCGAGCAAACGAAACCGCAGGUGGUGUCAUUGAUGAGCGCUUACAGAUGAGAGCCAUCUAUAAUAAUCUUCCCUGUAAAGGCAUAGACGAAUAUGAGCGGUUGAAAAUUGAUCUCGCGAAUAUCAACUUUUUCGUUUACAUGGAAAAGCGACUCGGCUCCAUUGGUGGUGUAGACGUGAGAUCUUGCAUCGUUGCUAUAUUGAAUCGUUUGAUGUGCCCAGAUGUACAAGGAAAAUUUUCGCUUACUGGAAAACGUACAACAAAGCCGGGGGUGACAGAUACGAUAAUCAUUGAAUUGGUGCACUGUGCCGUACGGAUCACACAUCCCACUUAUAAGGACAAAGAUGGUGAGACGAUAAUCGGAAAAAUCUUCACAAACAAAUGA